CGAUAAUAAUGUUAGUUGUAUUGUGUAGAGUGAACUGUGUCCUCUUACGGCACGUGGGAAAAAUACGAUCAAAUGUACUGUGCGUUCUGUAGGUCACUAUAACCUCAAAACGUUGCAUUAUGCAUAAUCAAUCUGUGAGAAGUAGCCUUUGAACGUAGUGUAGCUUUAAGAUAUUAUCACCGAAUCCUUAUUUACGUUUGCCACUGUCAAAAUGGCAAUUAUGAAAAUAUUGUUACGGCCAAACAUCACCAGGCUCACGGGAGUCAGACACCUGAGUAUGAAACCAAAAUUUGGUUUACUUUUUGACAUUGAUGGUGUAAUAGUACGUGGCAAAAAUGUCUUACCACCCAUACCAGAGGCUUUUAAGCAACUUCAAGGAAAAGAUGGCAAAUUUCGUGUACCAACUGUAUUUGUUACCAACAGUGGUAAUGCUCUGCGUAGUCAAAAGGCAGCAGAUUUGUCUAAAUGGCUAGGAUUUGAAGUGAAAGAGUCACAAGUUAUCAUGGCUCACUCACCAUUAAAACUAUUCCAAAACUUUCACAAUAAACAAGUGCUGAUAUCUGGACAAGGUCCAAUCAAAGAAAUAGCUAGAGAAUUGGGUUUCCAUAAAAUAACAACUAUCCAAGAAUUAGUUAAAAAUUUCCCAUCUUUGGACUAUGUAAAUAUGGAGAAAAGAAAUUCAGUAUGUGGACCUGUAGAUCCAAAUUUCCCUGCAAUAGAAGGCAUUGUGUUAUUUAGUGAACCAAUUUCUUGGGAGACACCAUUACAAUUGAUGGUGGAUCUUUUAAUGAGUAAUGGCAUGCCAGCUGGUUUACCUGAUGAGAUUCCUUAUCCACAUAUUCCAGUUUUGGCAUGUAAUAUGGAUUUAUUGUGGGUAUCAGAAGCACCAAUUCCUAGAUAUGGUCAUGGUGCUUUUCUAUUGUGUCUAGAAUCCCUGUACAAGAAAAUUACUGGCAAGGAUUUGAUGUAUUCUGCUCUAGUCGGAAAACCUAGUGAAGUUACAUAUUAUCAUGCAAAUUAUAUGCUCUGUGAGCAUGCUAAAAGUAUUGGAAUAAAUCAUAAUGUUGAUACAAUAUAUGCUAUUGGAGAUAACAUCAACACUGAUAUUUUUGGUGCAAAUUUGUAUGAUAAAUAUUUGUCAUACUGCACAAAGGAGGAAGUAUUAAAGUCUGACAAACUGAAGAAACUGCUUAGCAAAUCAGAUAUCAAACCGCCGAGCGCGAAAGCUUGUAUCAGUAUUUUAGUCGAAACUGGUGUCCAUAAACGGGAUUCGAAUUUUAUCGUGGAACACAAUCCCAGAGACUUUUUACCAGUCGAAGAAGGACUAUGCAAGCCUGCGUUUGUAGUGGAACACGUUGGCGAAGCUAUUAAACUCGUGUUUAAAGAGGAAAAAUUCGACUGAACUAAACACAUCUAAAAUGUAUAUUCAGACUUGGAGUGUUCGCAACAUAAUAUCGGCUAAAGAGAAAAAAAAGAGAACGUAAGAAAUUAGAUUAUAACUUUGUUAAUGUAAGUAUUAUGUUAAUUUCAUUAGGAAACGUUGAUCAUUUUUGAAAGCAGGAUCAAGAAAAAGAGGAAGGCUGUAACAAAUUGCAUAGGCACGAUAUUUUUUUUUUGCUUUUUAUCUUUUUAAAUCAUUUUCGAUAUUUUUAUCUGCCAUUUUAUUAAAAAGAAAAGAAGGCAAAUUGCGUCUAUUGUAAUCGGGCGUUAAUCGACUA